AAUUAAUCUCUACACUUCUCUCUCUGCAAUUACUCCUUGAGAGCAUCUCUCUCUAGAAUAUCGAGUAUUGCUGACUUGAGCGUCGAAGUGUUUUCCCCAAGAAAACAUCCUCGGGAUUUGUAGGUGUAGAAGCAGCCGAGGACUUCAACAGCGCUGGAUUGCGAAGCUGCCCAAACAUUUGGCGUCGUCUGUGGGAACCUUGAACAAGAAGUCGCGUAGCUUAACCCGUUGAAAGACAAAAUGGCUCGUACUUUUACAGGAAGUCGCCCUCCAAGAAAUGAAAUAGACGAACAGGAGGACGCACAAUUGUCUAAGCCUGGCUUAAAUGAUUUUAGACCAAUGCCCAGAAACCUUUUUAUAGGGGGAGCAAAACAGGAUCAACUAAGUGAAACAAAUGAUGAUGAGAGAACACCAACUGGGUAUGCAACUCAGCCCGAACAUGUCCAAAUUCCAAUAGAGACAAGGCAAAGACAUCCCAGACCAUACAAUUCACAACAUGAACGACCUGAAAGGGAUGCACAGUCAGCUACUGUGGUUGCAACUCGAAACUCCCCCGCUCUAAGUAACAUAGUAGUACCGACCAAACUAAGGGGAAGUGGGAAGUUAAACAAUGAGCCUAGCUCGUCCAAACACAAUGAAGAACUGAUGAGGAAGAAUGUGGACCUUGAAAGGCAUCUACGGGACGUACAAAAAUCCAUUGACGAGCUGAAAAGUCCCAGGUCGCACCAACAAACCCUUGACUUGGAUAGUGCCCCACUAAACCUAUCCAUCACAGCGGAACCGUAUGAAGAGGAAUUCAAAAUCCCCCAUCUAGAGACGUAUGAUGGCUCGGGUGACCCAGACGAGCACCUACAUACCUAUCAGGCCAUCAUGAGAAUCCAAAAUGUUAAUGAUGCCAUGAUGUGCAAAGUGUUCCCAGCGACGCUGAAGUCAACGGCCAGGAGAUUGUACCAUAAACCCUCCAGACACUCUAUAGACUCAUACUCCCAGCUCACCAAGCUAUUCUCCAACAAAUUUGCGAGCCAAAGGGAGAUUAAACGUACUGCGACCAAACUGAUGCAGGUUCAUCAGAAAAAGGGAGAAUCCUUGAGGGACUACAUGCAACGAUUCAACAAAGCUACUUUGGAUAUUGAUAAUGUCCCCGAUACCAUCUACUUAUCUACCUUAUUGCAUGGUUUAAAGCCUGGCAAGUUUCUAGACGACCUGCUGGAGAAUCCACCUAAGUCGUGGAAUGAUGUCAAGAGUAACCCUCCCCAAACGCACGACCCUUCACGAGCUGACAGAAGCAAGUAUUGUGACUACCACCGUGGAUAUGGCCACAACACAGAAGAUUGUCAAAGCCUAAAGGACGAGCUUGAAUUUUUAGCUCGCAAUGGAAAGUUGGAGGGGUAUGUACAAAAGCCUUUUGUUCGACAACCCACCCAGACCCAUUUUGUGCAAGAGUAUGGCCAAUCUCAAGCACCUGGACAUCAGCUCAGUAGCAAUCCAAAUCCUUAUCAGGCGAGUCAAUACUCAUCUGAGCCGACCAGAGCAUACAGGGGACGCCCAUUCAAUAAGCGCGAGCAAGGACAGAAAGCAUCCACGCAGAACCAAAAAGAUCACAGAGGGGUUGGAUACAGUGGGAUACCCCCGCCAUCUGGCACAAUCAACAUGAUCUCUGGUGGUAUGCACGCAGGAGGCCCAAACGCUCGAGGCCGCAAGACGUAUGCUUGCCAGCCCAUUACAUUUAGCCCGACAGACUAUAAGCGAGCAGAAGGAGAACCCGACGUUAUGAUGCCUCACGCAGAUCCUUUCGUGGCAACAGUCCAUAUAGGCAAUCAUAACGUCAAUAAGGUCUUCAUUGAUAUUGGAAGCUCACCAGAUAUCUUAUACUGGAGCUGUUUUCAAAAAAUGCAACUUAAUCCAAGCUCGCUGCAAAAGUAUGAAGGGCCCAUAUAUGGGUUUGAUAACCAGCCCGUCCCGGUUGAGGGAGUUAUUACUCUUCCCAUAUAUGUGGGUUCCGAACCACGCUUCAGGAUGGCGUCUGUUAGCUUUCUGGUCAUGAAGAUGGAAUCAGCUUUCAAUGCUAUAUUGGGAAGAGCCACCCUCUGCGAGCUAAAGGCCAUCAUCUCCCAACCUCAUCUCUGCAUGAAGUUCCCAACUCCUCAAGGGGUAGGAGUACUUAAGGGGAACCAGAAGAUGGCCAGAGCCUGCUACCAAGACACUUUCAAGAAGGUUGAGCUCGCCGCAGCCCUGGCAGGUUCUGAAAAUCACAAGUCAACUCAGCCCGACCAACAGACAAUGAGUAUAUCAGACAUUGAGCAUCGACCUGAGGGUAUCGGCACCAAGCUCACAGAAGAAGAACGAGCAGAGCUUCUAAAGUUUUUGAGGGUUAAUCAAGUUGUGUUUGCGUGGACUAUGGAUGUAAUGCCUAGCAUCCUAGUAGAGUUGACCGUCCAUAAGCUCAACACAGACCCCACCAAAAGGCCGGUGGUUCAGAAGCGUCGCCUUUUUGGCCUUCAGAAGCAAGCUGCCAUAGAUGAAGAGAUACAAAAGCUGCUACAGGCAGGCUUCAUCAGAAGAGUGGAAUACUCUGAGUGGGUAUCCAACCCUGUGCUUGUCAAAAAACCAAACGGCAAGUGGAAGAUGUGUAUUGAUUUCACCAACUUAAAUGAGGCAUGUCCAAAAGAACCUCAUCCCUUGCCAAAUGUUGAGAAGCUAGUAGAGCGGGCAGUCGGGCAUGAAUGGAUGAGCUUCCUUGAUGCCAGCUCGGGUUAUCAUCAGCUGGUGCAAUGUAUCAAAAGCUGGUGCAAUGUAUCAAAAGCUGGUGCAAUGUAUCAAAAGCUGGUGCAAAUCAUCUUUAAGCUCCAGAUCGGCAGGAACAUAGAGAACUUGCACCGAGCCCAGAUGAAGUUGAAUCCCCUGAAGUGCACGUUUGCUAUAGAAUCAGGAAAAUUUCUAGGGUACGUAGUAUCCAAGAAAGGAAUUGAAGUGAACCCAGAGAAGGUUCAAGCCGUUCAGCAGAUGGAGCCUCCCAAAACCAUAAAGGAUGUGCUGCGCUUGACAGAGGAGGCCAUAAGUUCGGUUUUACUAAGGGAAGAGAAUAAGCAUCAAAAGCCUAUCUGUUAUGUGAGUAAAGUUUUACAAGGUGCCGAGCAGAACUACCCACUAGCAGAAAAGGCUGCUUUUGCCUUGGUGUACACGGCUUGGAAAUUGAGAGCUUACCUCCAGUCACAUCAAAUUGUCGUUUACACCGAUCUGCCGUUGAGAAAGAUACUGCAGAAGCCUAAACUCUCGGGUCGGCUUAUUGGGUGGAGUGUCGAGCUGAGUGAGUAUGACCUCAAGUUUCAACUGCGAACAACCAUAAAGGGCCAGGCUAUGGCAGACUUCCUUGUUGAGUGCAUCUCGGCCAUUUUUGAAGAAAAGGCACCUGAGCGCCCAGUCUGGGUCUUAUAUGUUGAUGGAGCUGCUAACAUUGAGGGAUCGAGUGCUGGGGCUGUGUUAGUGGGCCCAGAUGGCUUUAAAUCCGAGCAUGCACUGAGGUUUAAGUUUCAGACAACUAACAAUGUUGCAGAAUAUGAAGCCCUCAUUUAUGGAUUGAAGCUAGUGUCCGAGCUGAAGGUACAGAGCAUUCAGGACCUCAACCCUCAUAGGUCAACAAUUGUGGAAGUACUUGACGCUCCGAGCUACACCGAUUUCAUAGUCGAAUGUCAGCUGUUCAGCAUAGAUCCCUCUUCACCAAGCUGGACCACCCCGCUCAUAAAUUAUCUGCAAAGUGGCGAGCUACCUGAAGAUCCGUCCGCUGCAAAGUUGAUUAAACGAGAAAUGCUCUUAUCACUCUCGUCUCCCUGGCCUUUUGCUCAAUGGGGAGUCAACUUGCUCGACCCCUUUGUGAAAGGCAAAGGAGGUUGCACUUACCUUAUUGUUGCGGUGGAUUACUUCACCAAAUGGAUAGAAGCUAAACCAUUGUCCGCGACAACAAAAAAGAAAAUAGAAGAAUUCUUGUUCAAUUCAAUAUUGUACAUGUUCAGUAUUCCUAAGCAGAUCAUCGCAGACAAUGGUCCGCAGUUCCGAGCCACGGCACUGAGGUCGUUCUGUAACGACUAUGGCAUUGAGCUUGCCUUGACAUCCGUGUAUACUCCACAAUCAAAUGGACAAGCUGAGUCUGCCAAUAAAAUCAUCUUGCGAGGCCUCAAGACGCGCGUUUUAGCUGCGCAUUCUAACUGGGUUGACGAGCUCAAUAAAGUGCUUUGGUCAUGUCGCACUACACCAAGCUCGGCUAUAGGCGAAACCCCAUUCAGCUUGGCGUAUGGAGCUGAGGCCGUCAUCCCCAUUGAGGUCGGAUUGCCAUCUGAUAGAUCAGAUCACCAUGACGAUCUUAAUAAUGAGCAACUAUUAACAGAGAACCUAGACCUCGUAGCAAAGGUCGACGAUCUGGUUCUACGCAAAGCUGGAUUAACCAAUGUUUAUUCGCACAUGGGCAAGCUCGUUCCUAAUUGGGAAGGUCCUUAUAUGGUUAUUUAUAUUAAGCAACCUGGGUGUUACCAGUUAGCAGAUUUACAAGGUCGUCCAUUAUCAUUCAUUUGGAACAUACAUAACCUUAGAAAGUUUUACAGUUAGCUUUCUGAUGUAGUUAUUUUAAUUCAAGUUAUUGUCAAUAAUUGUAAACAACAAUGUAUGGAAAAUUCAAUAUAGAAAGCUCAAAACAAAAGAUUCAACUUUGU